CCACGUUUUCACAUACACAAAACUCACUGAUGAAUCAAAGCGAUAACAGUAUUCAUUCAUUCAUUAAAAGCAUCAGCUGUUUACUUAAAAUCCGUUGUCGUAGAAUAACCGGCCAAAUGCGUGUAGUGCGGUAAGCAGUGUGAAAAACAAUGUUUAUCCUCCGAUUUUCCACCUGGAUCGUGUAUGUUGUGUACUUAGUUGGAACGAGUAUCGUGUACAUUUUCCUAAAUGGUUCGUAUCUUCUUUAUGAACAUUACUACGGUACCACGGUCCCGACGAAGCAACAGUAUGAGUACAUUAUAAUCGGUACCGGCACUGCGGGGUCAGUCAUUGCUACCGGAAUACCGUCAAAGGAUGUGCUAAUUGUUGAGGCUGGCUCAAUGCGUCCAGCUAUAAUGGAUGUACCAUUGCUACAACCUCUAUUUCAAGGAACCUUUUACGAUUGGCAAUAUCGCACCGAAGCACAAGAGGCUGCAUGCAAUGCGCUGAACGAGAAUCGUAGUGCCUGGCCUAUGGGAAAAGUCUUUGGCGGAUCACAUGUAUUCAAUAAUAUGAUCAACUAUCGGGCAACUCGGGAGGACUUUCAAGAAUGGUUCGAAACAGAAGAAGAACUAACUAUGUUUAUGGAACAUUUUGAUCAUUGGGGAGAAGAUCUAUCAACUGUUAUGGAAAUGCAGAAAUUUUCAACCGGCUUAGAUAGCGCAUUUAUAGAAGCAGCCGCGCAGGCUGGAUUAGACAGUUCGUUAUUCUAUCGCCCGAACGUAACUAUGAAAGAUGGAAAACGUAUGACAACCAGCCAUCACAGUUGGACUAACAUGCUCAAAUCCUAUCAAAUAGUUUUCAACGCUGAAGUAGAGAGAAUAAUUAUCGAAAAUGGUCAUGCAACUGGAAUCAUAUUUAACAAAAAUGGCAAGUCAGUCGAAGGGAAAGCAUCUAAAGGCAUUAUAUUGGCAGCAGGAACUGUAGGAAGUACGAAAAUCCUUCUUCAAAGUGGAAUCGGUCCUAAGCAACAUUUGGAAAACGCUGGUAUAUCGGCGAUAAUCGAUUUGCCAGUAGGAGAAAAUUUACAGGACCACAUUACAACGGGAAUGGAUUUAAUACUUCUUUCGCAACGAAUGCCGAUGGGAUUGAUGGAUAUAGUGCAUCCAUUGAACUUGUGGAAUUAUUUCUUCAAUAAUGGUCAAAAUUCGUCGAUAUCGUUCGGUGGCUGCGAGUGUCUGGGAUUUGUGAAUUUGGGAUCAAAUUUCACUCAUGACAUUGGAUUCAUGGUGCUGCCAGUAGGAAUAACUGUAGAUGCUGGUGCGCACCUUAGAAAUCUAAUCAAUUUGCGACCGGAUGUUUGGAGUCAAUAUUUCAAGCCAAUGGUCGACCAGAACAAACAGUCCGUCACCAUACUUCCGAUACUUCUUCAUCCUAAGAGCAAAGGUUAUAUAAGAAUUAACAAUACUAACCCACGUUCCAAUCUUAUUAUCCAUCCCAACUACUUACGGAAUCCGGAGGAUGUCCAAACUCUUAUUACUGGUCUCAAAAUACUCCAACACAUCAUAAAGCAACCGGCUAUGCAAGCGUUGGGAGCCGAGAUAAACCCAAUAGCAUUUCCGGGCUGUCAAAAUCACCAAUUUUUGAGCAAUUCGUACUGGGAAUGCUAUAUAAGGGCACUAACGCUUACUCUGUACCAUCCAGUUGGAACAUGCCGAAUGGGAAAUGCAAAAGAUCCCGAAGCCGUGGUAUCGAACCGAGAUUUGAAAGUGCACCAACUAGAUAAUCUUUAUGUCGUCGACGCGUCCGUACUUCCUAAUUUACCCAGUGGAAAUCCCAAUUCUGUUGUUAUUGCGUUGGCCAACUACUUUCUAAAUAAAAAUUUUCCGAAUGUAUAA